UGGUUGUCAGACGUGGCGCAGUGAGCAGUGAGCACUGAGCACUGAGCAGUGAGCUAGUCGGUGGUGGCGCGUGAUGAACACCUAGUGGUGUGUGCAUGUGCUGGUGUCGUGGUGUAGUUGAACAUGGUGUUGGCUCGGAUAGGCGGUCCACGCCUCGGGCAGCCCUGAGGCUUCUUCUGGAUGCGUUUCAAUCUGCAAACGUGAGUUCAGAUCUACACUCAUAUCAAUUGGGAUACUCCAUCUUCAGAGUCAUCAAGGAUUAUGAAAUAUUUGUAAAAUCAUUUGGAAAUGACUGACACCACAACCUUCCAAGAUUUUAUCAACGAAGGAUCUACAUGUUACCAAAGCUUGCGGUCUCAGCAAAGUUACUCUGCCUCCUCAUGGUUGUAAUGUGCGGUGCAGUGCCCUCUACUCGGUCAGUUCGUCUCUACAACGACUGCAGCAGCAGCGACGUGCGAAUAGACAUGAAAGGACGUGUUCUCGCCGACGACAUCAAAUCCAACAAAUUCCGAAACCUGACUAUCAGGUCACAGAACUUCAACGUGAAGCUGACGAUAUUCGCGGAAGAAUCGAAACGGUAUCUCUGUUUCAACAGGAAUUGGAAACUUGUUGGCUCGAAGAGGUUCAGAGGCGAGAUGUGCCAGUUCUACGAAGAGAUGCUGGAAAUCGGCUACAACCGGUACAGGUCGGUGGCGGACGAGUCGCGCUACAUCGGCUUCAACAAGAAAGGCCGGCCGCUGAGGGACCGGCAACAGCAGCAGCAGAUCAAGGCAGCGAAAUCGGCCGCACACGACAAGUGCCUCAACUUCCUCAAGUUCGACACCGACUUCAGCAUCGGUGAGCACAACCGACGCAUGUCGGGCUCCGGCGUCAUCACCAAAUCGGACGCCGAGACCAUGUGGAGGAGUCGAUCGGCGCUGCGGUUAAGGCACCACAAUCAUCACAGAAACUUUAUCGGCCAAUCAUAGAGACCGCAAACACCGAUCAAAGUCGCCGAGAAGCUUUCGUAGAGACCGCAAUCACCAAAGCGUCGCCGAUACGCGACGCUCUCACACUUGCCUGUUUUGUUCAUAUGCUUUGACUGUAAAGUAUGUCGUCGAUGCCUCAUUACUAUAGCACGCACAGUUCAGUGAUACAACCCUCUUAGUCGAUCGUAGUUGAACUGAACAAACAUUUCAUUUAAACAAGAUGCGUGAAUGGUUUCUGGUGGACAGGAAUAUCCUAUUGUGGCGGUUAAUGAUGUUUCACGAUAUUUUAUUUUUCAUCCAAAAGUCAGAUUCUGUAGGUAAAACCACACAGAAGAUUUUUGUCUAGUUUGUCUAGGUAGAUGAUAUGAAUUUAAGGUAAGAGGUGUUACAGGUCACCGGACGAGAAAUCUAAGGAUGGUUUCUGUUGCUAAGAAAUAGUGGUGAAUAUUGGUGUUUUUAGAUGAGGCACCUAGGAAUUUUCGUGAUAGAUUCUUUUUAAACGAGAGUUUCACCGUGGUGAGAAGGAUCACCUGUCAGCUAUUGAUGGUUCUCCACGAACAAAGUAUUUGAAUAAUGAAACAGACAUGAGUAUUUGAGUAUACACGCACAAUCACAGACUCCAAGAGUUCACUAGAGCGACUAAAUGAAUACUUGAAGUGAACUGUUUCAACCUUCGUCAGUAUUAGGCUAAAACCAUGAUAAUCACCAUUAUUAAAGGAAGAUCCCAAAUCAAACAUUAGUAAAAUAGCCAUGUUAGGAUUCGAGCAAUGAGUACGUCAUAGCUAAACAUGAAUAACUUGCCUGAGGAAUAUUACUUUGGAAAGAAAUGAUCCACAUCAUUCUCAGAGAUUAUAAUCAGUAUAUCAAUGAUAGGAAAUAAAAUAAAUAUUAAAGGUUGAAAUGUUUGAUGAAUUUUAAGUGACUUUAAUGUUGUAUUAGCGAGAGAAGCAAGAACUCUGGAAUUUCUCAUUGAUAUUUACUAAUGUCGGCUGAUUAUUCAAUCAUGAAGUGUGUUUCCACUUCACUGUAUCAAAAAGUACGAGUGGAUCUCAGAUACGAGAUUGCCAUGAUUUCAACAAGAGAUCUUUUACAAUUCUAUUAGUUUAAAAUCUCCGAAUCCAUUCGAGUGAAAACUAAUGACUCUGGUCUGGAUUACAUUUCAUGCUCGAGCAAGUCCAGUCAACACAUCACUCUAGUCAAAUCAAGCCUUUAGAAUUGGGCCUAAAUCUUUCCACUAUGGAACCUCAGCUUAGUGUUUUAAAAGGAUCAGGCACUGUACCAAUGUAAUCAGUAUUGUUUCUCAAUUUCUAUGCCAUUUCAGUUCUCAUUAUUGGUUCACAUUCAUCCUUGGCAUUAAUAUUUAUUGAAAUUAUGUGGGUUUCAUGAGAUUUUUCAUACUAUGAUCAUGCAUUCCAGAUUCAAUACUACUUAUUGAAUUGAAUAUAAAAUCCAGCUGAAACUGAUCCCCCUAUAACUAUUAUAAAAAACUAUUACUGGAAUCAAAUUCCAGACUAUUUUCAAUGACAAAUGCAUAUAGUUUAAUAGUAGAUAUAUCAUUAUGCUUCAUUUCCUAUCAUUUGAAGUUCAUUGCAAAUUUGAGAUUCAGAAUGCUUAUGCAAGACAAUAAUUUUACAAACGAGAAAAAUUUUGUAUAAAUUUAUGUAGAAAGCUUAGAUAUUAAUUUUUUCUAUGAAAAAAUAUCGAUGUAUUAUAGUGUUUAAGGCUUUUUUGAUACAGUGUCAAGACUUUGUGUACGGUAAAUAUAUAGCAUUCAUGAUUAAUUUAUUGUUUUUUGAAAGUUACUUAUGUUGUAGAAAAAUUGAAAUAUUUGUGGAAAUAUUGUAAAUGUAUUUUGUGUGAGUGUUGAAUAUUCGUAAAAUUCACAAGGGCUGUUCGUUUUAAGUUCUUUCUUGUAUGAAUGCUGACUUUCAUAGAGUUUUAGAAUGUAUGUUGAGUAAGUUGUGGCAUUAACCCUUAUUUGAUAGUUGGUUUGUUUGUGGUUGUGAGUUGUGAUGUGUGUAACAAUUAUGUUAAAUCCACACUUGGAAGCUUAAUAUUAUUCUCUUAUCAGUUUUUUUAGAAUCCAGCUUAUGUUCGAUAGUUUUGUCUCGUUCAAUUAAAUAUUUACAUAACUUCGAUCUAAAGGAAAUUAUGGAUAGCCCUUGCGUUUUUCCUCAUUGAUAUCUGAAUUAUUAAUGUUAUCUAUCAUAGACGCUACUGUAGCCCACAUUAGUUUUAAAAUGAUGUCUAUUGAAACUUCUUCACUUCUUUAUAAACUCUAUUGAAUACUAUUCUUUUUCGAGUAUUGAUAUUUUAUUUUUAAGACGAUUUUGAACAGUUGAGAAACUGAGUAGAAAAUAAAUUUAUGACAUUCCAUAUUGCAUUCCAAUUUUUAGUUAUCCAUGAAGAUUUAAUUCGUCCUCGAUUUGAUUUCCAACCUUUAUUUGAAUUAGAAGUUCUCCGAUUUAUAGAUUUAUUUACAGAUAGCCUAUUUAACUCACAAAUUCAGUUCAUCACACGAUGACGUAUACAGAUCAUCUUGAAGUGAAUUUGUGGGAAUUUAAUGAUCUGGGUGAGAGUUUUUUAUAGCUGAAAUACAUUAUAUUUAUUGAAGAGCUACAAGAAAUGAGAUUACUAUAAAUGCAAACAAGUAAUACACCAUCUAUGCGGAAUCACCAAGUUGAUUAUUCGGAGAAAUAAUUGCUAUGGAAUGUAGAAGUAAUAGAAGAUCUGUCUACUGGAUGUUGACUUAGAGAUUCAUAGCCAUCACUGAAUAGUAUUCCGUAUUAUAACUGACUUAGUAAGCCUUUGCAUUACUUAGAUAACAUGUACUACAUAUUUAGAUUCUGCUCUGUGCCAUUAUUUAGAAGAAAGAUAAAUUAAAUUCAUCAGGUAUGGUUGAACUGACCAAAACAUCUGUAGCUUUAAGUAAUUUAUGAUGACUAUUGCAUUGAUGUAUAUAUAAUUGUAUUUUAAUUAUUACAUUUGAUCGUAUUAGGAAUGUAUUGUUACCAGUUUAUUAUCUUUUUUAUUGUGUGCUCCCUUGUUGUAUGAAAGUACUCAUCAAGGAAUAAUGUUCAGUUUAAUUGUGAUUCAUAAUGUCGAGUCCCACACUACAACUACAUUAUACAUGAUUGCAACUACUGCCCAUUACAAAUUAUAGGAAAUUACUAUUAUACAAGGAAAAUAUUAUUUUAUGGAAUGAUAUGAUGUUGAAUCUUCAAUGUUUAUAACAGUAUUAUUCAGCAAAAGCUAUUGAAUCCCGUGAUUGAAUAAGCUUUUUUCAAGUUCUAAUCCAUAUUCGAAUGAAUCUAUAACAUCGGUUUUUGUAAUUUUUUCCUAAAAAAUGAUAUUAAGAUACCGUAUCUGUUAGAGAUAUAAAACAAUGUUGGAAUGCAAAACAUGUAGAUUUUUUCAAAGCAUGCGACAGUUCAUAAAACAUAGUAUGAUGGUAAUAUGACUCUAGAAAAGGGAUCACUAUGUCUCUGUUCAGCUUCAUGUACAUUAUUUGUGUUCAGAUUGUAUUAUGCAUAGUGUUGCCUCUAGUCCUUGAUGAGUGUUGAAGACCUAUAUGAAGUUGUAAGAAGUGUUCUGUUUCCCAGUUUUCAUUUGAGAACUGACACAAAUUAACUAGUAGUAUUAUUCUUAUUAUGUUGAUAUGUUUGUAACUAGUUCUCUAAAACAUAUUAAUUAAUGUAAGUAUAUUCCAUUAAGGCUUUUUACUUGUAUAUAUCACUAUAUUAUAAUUUACCAUUUAUUUUUAUACUAUAUAAUUUCAUUAAUUCCUAACAAAAGAAUCCUGUCUCAUGUUUUUAUUACAGUUAUCAUAUUUAUAUUAAAAAUGAUCAUGCAAUUCAUCCAUAGAGCUGACGCGUUACUCGUCAAAAAUAAUUACUCAAAAUAAAAUUUUAUAUACACAGUGA